CCAGUUGGGCGGGGCUCGGUGUAACGGCUCCGCUCUCCCCUAGAUGGCGCUGCUAGCCUACCGGGGUGGAUGGUUGCGGUGCUCAUCGGUGCGCACGCGCAUGCGCGGGAGCGGUGAAAAACGACGCCACCCAGCCACCCAGUCUGUUCUCCCGGCAGCAGUCGCGCACCGGUCCUCCGUCUUCAGCUCUCCUCCACUCCCCGCUUUUCCUCUCUCUGUGACCAGGCCCCCGGCAGUACCUCUCUCCCUAGUUUUGUCUCAGACGUGGCUGUUUUCCCCGGCCCCUUGCUUCCGAAGGACUGCGGCUUUCACCCGCUCCGCCCCUCUGCCGGAGGGUCUCACUGAUCUAUGGCCGAACGAGCAAUGGUCGAGUGUCGGCUGCACCCAGGAACGCCCGCUGGACUCUGUUGUCACCAGUGCCCCGAGACUGCAGCCAGGGGCCAGCCCACCUCCCAAAAAGAUCGCGAGACGGUGUGGCCUCAGCGUUUCAGGGACCGUGGAAAAUCGCAACACACAUCUGGCACCAGGCUUCGCCCCCCAACCACCUUGCCCCAGCACCAGAGAAUGUAGCCGCCUUCCGGGAUCUGCCGGGACCAGGUGGCUUCAACAGUCUCUACCAAACGUCCUUCCAGCAGUGGAACCGCUUUUCCCCGUGUGGCCAGAGAACCUCCCGGUCCCCACUCUGUUCCCGGGGAUUCGCCCUUCCCAGCAGAGCACCGCCAGGUGGUUCUAAAGGAUUUCAUGUCCUCGCUGGUUGUUUCGCUUACCUGAGAUCCUUGCACAAGAGCGUGGCGGGACCUCAUGUAACAGCCCCACUGUCCUUUGGAGCCAGAGUGUUCUACGGGCAACCAUAUCGAAACACAACGCUCAUGCACUUUGACAAAGAUAAGUGAAUUAAAUGUACUUUUCAUAAAGAAAACACCAAAUAAGCAAGGGUUGGAUGGUGACUGGGUAUCUUAACCAGAGCCUCGUCUUAGUGGGUUUAGCUGGACGGCCCCUCUCAGCUUACUCCUCAGCAGAGUAAGAAUAGAUGAGCAUUUCAUCCUCUGCAGAAGGGCAGCUGGGCAUUUUGGGGAUUGAUCUUAUUGAUGAUGGCUGAGGUCCAAGGUACGCACUCACCUAAUAACUCACUUCAAGCAUUUGUUUGUUUGUUUGUUUGUUUUUUAGAGGAUUGACUAAGCCUUUCUCAGGAUGUAAGAACUGUUUUGAGCUAGUUACUUAAGCAAGUUUCACAUGAUUAGAGGAUUAUCUGUCACCUGCCCGUUUAUCUGUCUCUUUUGUUUACAAUGAUUUCCAAAUGUGAGUUUUAAAAAAUACAGUGAAAGUCGGAUGCAUCACCUCCCUACAACAGAAUGAGUUAUUUUCCCUUGACUACGCAUUGUCUUCAUUCCCCAUGAAAAUAGGCUCUCCCUUAAGACACCCUUUAAACUACCUGGGCGCGUCUCCACAACACAAGAAUACAGUCAGAAAGGAGAAAAUGCAAACUUAACCAGUUCCUUAUUUUGCAUGGAACUGAGUAAUUGGCUGGUUCAGUAGUGGGUGUCCGUGAAGUGUAUUUGCCGUUUGUGUGUCAUUCUUCAAGUGUCCAUCUGCUUGCUUUGGAUGUGGCUGUCCAGGGAUGGUGUGGGUUUGCACACUUGUGCUCUCAGCAGAUGUGAUCGUCUUCAAACCAAGGGGCAAUAAUGGUGGGUGUUGGUGAACUUAAAGAGCAACACACAGGGCAUAGUCUUGUAACACCCUGGAGGGUGACAGGACCUACGUCAGGGAGCUAGUUAGGGCCAUAAUUCGGACGAGGGAACAAGAAUUAAGUGAUCUCCUGUAGUCCCCUGUAGCAAUAACUCAACAACCCCACCAACAGGGUUUGGGACAUCUAGUUCAGUGGCCUUUCCACAAUGUGUGUGAAAGUCUUCCCAAAAGUGUAGGGUUGUGUGUCAAUGUAAGAUGCAAAUACCCUGCAUCAAAACGGUCUCUGAACUGUAUUUGUGGUACAAAGCAAUUGUCCGACAAAUGACACAACAGAAAAUUCUAGCCAUGGGAAGCUGGGUUCAAAAGGAUUGAUUUUGGUGCACUCAAGCCCUUCUCCCUUAUGGUCAUUUGGUCGACUGUGUGGUCUUUGACUUUCCAGGGGAGAUCAGAGAUAAGGGUGCCCAGAGGGGGCACUGAGGGUUAGAAUUGUAUCCUUUCUCUUUCCAGAAUCAGAAGACCGAUCACAGGAAUAGCCCUCCAUCAGAACCUCCUUGGCCCACUAGCUCCCUUCACCACUUGGUCAUCUUUGGGGGCUACCUGAGGCCAUGUCAGGUCUUAACUUGUUGUGAUGCUCCAUAGGAGGAAGGCGAGAUGCCUGGAUAGAGGGAAGGAACAUACAAAACUUUCCUGUCCAGUGCAUAUUGGAAGAAAGGCUAAUUAAAUAUUUGCAGUAACCCUUAUUGAUUCCAUGUUAUUCCAACAAUUUAUUUUCUUGUCCAAAUCUCUUCUCUUAGUAGCCUACUUGUCAGUCAACGACCUCGAACUCAAAGGAGUUAUAAAUGGGUGGUAAGAAGACCAUUGGGGGAAAUAAUGGCCAAAUAGUGUUUUAAUAUGGUUUUCCUCUAAUUCAUCUUCAAAAACUUGCUGAGGUACAAUGGAUAGCAAGCAAAAAUCAAAAUAACUGUUUUCAAAAAUGGAAGUAAUAGAAGAACUAGGAGAAAAUACAGUGAUGAGCAUCUGGGGAAGUCUAACAGAAAAAGCAAAGGAGGAAGAAAUACCAUAGGGAAAAGACAAAUAUUUGAUUAUACACAGAUUUUAAACUUUCUUUACAUGAGAAGAAAGUGGGAAAAAAAAAUUGGGAGAUACCUAUAAAGCUCUCUACCUCUAUCUCUCUACAUAUAUAGAUGAACGCAACAUUUAAUAUGUGAAAUGCAGUUUUAUAAAUAAUAGGAAAAUAGUAAAACAGGGAAGGGCAGGAACAAAAAGUACAUAAAAUAAAUGGAAUUGGCCACAAACACAAAAAUGUUUGAAGCAAGUGGUAUAUUCCCAACUGGCAAAGAUAAAAAGCAAUCGAAUGACCUUGGUUGUACAUAAGUGUUGAAUCACUGUAUUGUACACCUGACACUAACAUUACACGGUAUGUUACCUAUCUGGAAUUUAAAUAAAAACUUAAAAAAUGA